GAAGCCCUACCUUAGUUGUAUAAGUUACCAUCGACCACGAGCCCUCAGCAGCAAGCAGCUCCAGAUGAGAUCACCGUUCCGAAUCAGAAUUGAGCAUCCGCUGCUGGUUCCAACUCAAGCAAGGGGAGCAUUCCUCUGACCUCUCCUCUCCAACUCCCCAUGAAGGUAUGUAGCCUUCUGCAACGCUCCCCUCCUGCCAACUGCGAGGCCCCGACGGGCCAGUCCCAUCCGCUGCCCACUCCUCCCGGCCGUGGGCGUGUCUCUUCCGCUGUUGCACGCGAGCAUCAGAUGCCCCGUUCCACGGCGUUUCUUGCCAAAAAAUACAACGCAGACCAUACCUCUGACAUCCACUGACUGUUCUUCUCCUCUGCAGACCUCAUCUAGACCUCGAGACAUUGGCGGGAGCUUCGCCAGCAGACGGGGACAUGGUGCUCAACUUUCGAUAAGUGAUACAAAUCACCACGUUACUGAAGCAAUCGGAGACAUGUACGGCGAUGAUGACUACUCAAAGCGCGAUUCAAGGCCUUUGAGCUUCGUUGGCUCGCCGCUGCAUGAAUCUGUCGACCCCGACGACGCGUAUUUUGACGCCGCUCUGACCAAUAGUCCCUCGAGGCCGGGAGUUUCGCCGCAUAUAAAUGGGAGCACGCCAACGAAGUCGCACACCUCACCCGCGAUGCUGCAGGGCCCCCGGAGCAGUGGCUUUGAGAAAGGGCAGCUAUCGCCUUCGAUGUCGCUCAGGGAUCGAAAUGGAUCUGAUACGUUGAAUGCGCAGUUCCCUCUCAACGAUAUCGACUACGAGUCCGAUCCAACCGCCAUCGCGCAGGAACUCAACAACCUCCAGGCCCUACGUCGCAUGUCUAUGGAUGUUGGGAAUACAAGUGAUCCAGAUUUGCCGUCUUUUCAGGGUGUGUCUCUGAUGCCUUCGGUCGCUCCUACUGGCGACGAUGAUGAGGAUGAUCCUUCAAGGCUCUUUUGGGUCCCAGCCCGGGUGCAUCCAGAGCUUGCUCCUAUGGAAUUUAAGACCUUUCUUGAGAACAGGGUGAACUCGAUCAAACGAAGGUCUGGGGAACAAGCGUCGCUGUCUCCGGAUGGCCUGGAACGAAGUGGGUCCUCGGGCAGUUUGAGAAGGAAGAAGUCAAUGUUGUCACGGCAGAUCGACAAUGAUGGUGGACGGGGGGCUAUCGGGUACAAAGAUGGUGCGGAUCAGUUGGAGAGAAAGAAGUCCCAAGCAGCUCCGCAAGUUCCUGAGCUGAAGAUCUCCGAUUUGAAGGAGUUGGAUGCUCUAGUUAGGGAUCCUUCAAUGGCGAUGCAGAAAUUGACCCUGGACCCUGGUGCUAGAAAUGUGGGUGGUGGGGAAGUGUCAGUGGAAGAGGAUAUGCCAAUAUUACCGAAUGCUCCUGGAAUCGGGCUGAGGAGAUCUACAAGGACAACAUACCGGAGAGGUAGUUUAAGGAAAGGCGAACGAGUGCCAUUUUCCAAGAGAGCUGGAUCUCUGCGUGAGGACAAGACUGACGGAGAGGAAUCUCCUAUAUCAUCGCCAGUGGAUGGUAAACCGUCAAUAGGAUUUCCCUUGACAAGGGUGCAGUCAGAACCUGCAACCACAGAAAACUUUUCAAGGCCGAACCGUGGGGGCCGCCGAUUGCAGAACAUCACCCAAACGAGCCCGGUCUCUAAUACUGAGAGCGGUCCGGAAGAGAUCUCAUUCGAAGCCAUUCCCACGCCUGCGGUCAGCCACGAUUCACCUCAACCGCCACAAUUAGGCCCAGUCCAAAGGAGCAACACUUCCCCCCGGAAUGAUGCACCGGUUCCACGCAUAAUCGAAACCCCGCCGCCUCCUGAAGAACCAUCAGAGCCUCCACCACCUAGACACCAGUUCCCUGAAAGGUCAUCAUCACAAACACCCCCAGCUCCGCCUGCAAGAUCAAGCAAGCGACCUCCACUCGAUCGGAAACCUCCAGUUCCAACACCGAGCGUUGUGAAUUCGUCACCAACCUUGAAUGAUAUGGUUCAACACCCCUCGCCACUCCCAGGAAGCUCAGCAAGGACAGAUACUCUAACAUUCAUCCCCACAAUUGAAGAGAAGAAGCCAGAAAGGAAGUCAAAGAAGGAUAAGGACGAUGACAGCUCAGGAUCGAGGAAACCUAGUUGGGGUUGGUUUAAAGGGAGCGACGAGAAGGACAAGAAGGACAAGAAGAAAGAGGACGAUCACAAACGAAACAAAACAAAGAUGGGGUUGGACAAAUCCCAUGAUAAUGCGCGCCUGGAUGUUUUACAAUCUACAUUGGAGACUGCCCCUCGAGGCCGAGAAAGCUUAGUACUGGACCGUGAAAGUAUGGACUACAGGUUACAAGACGAAAGGAAAAAGGAGAGCAGCCGCAAAUCUGGCGGAGAGAACAAGAAAGAGAAAGAGAAAGAAGGCCUCUUCUCCUCCUUUUUUGGUGGCAGCAAAAAGAAGACUGACCGAGAUUCCGGUGGAAAGAAGGGAAGCUCACUUCGGGCAUUAUCUCCUGAUCCACCACAUCGUCCACUGAAACCCGAUGUUGACUACAAUUGGACACGAUUCUCUAUCCUUGAAGAAAGAGCUAUUUACAGGAUGGCACAUAUCAAACUGGCGAACCCUCGGCGAGCGUUAUACAGUCAGGUAUUGUUGAGUAAUUUCAUGUACUCAUACUUGGCCAAGGUACAGCAAAUGCACCCACAGAUGCAGAUUCCUCAGACCGCGCUCCAGAAGAAACAGGAUGCCGAACGAAGGGCAAGGGAGCAAGAACAGCAAUAUCGGAUUGUAGAUGAAGAGCAAUUGCAACAAGAACAGCCAGCCUCAAGUGGAGAGCAAUACCGAUAUGACUAUCAUCAGGGUAUUACACAGUAUGCAGAGCCGGUUCAACCUGCCAAGCAGGAAGGGGUGAAUUAUGUCGAUGAUUCGCAAAUCUACGACUACGAUCACCAAGGCGAGGAUGCUUCCAACGGGCAAGGAUCCCAUCGGCCUCAAUCACGGGCCUCUCAGCAUAACUCGGAGAACGGGUAUGGAGACCAUGGACACCACUCACGCCAAGGGAAAGAAUACUACCCGUAUGGGCGAUCGGACCCACCUGAUCACCACGAAGAGGAUGACGACAUGUGGUGA